UGUUAUCGAUUUGGAUAUAAAAGUACAGGACCUGGUGCUCAAUGUUGUUAUGACAAAGCAGGUAAUUGGAUGAGUGAUCCACAUCAAGGUGCUGGUACAUUGGAUCGUGAACGAGCACCAGACAAUAUCUUAAAUCUAGUUCAAUGGAAUGCACACAACAAACAUGAUGUAAUACCAUGGGAUAAUUGUUGUAAAGAUCCAGCUGUACCAAGAGAUAUUUGUCAACUUUACUAUGACAGACGACCACCAGGUGGAUGCGAACAUUAUUUCUUUUGA